AUGGCUGGCCUAUCUCCUUCGCCUCGUGCCCUCCGGUCUAAGGAAAGCAGCCCUCUACCGUCGCCUCUGCUGACCCAGAAAUUGACACCACGGCUACCGCCGAUAGUCACGGAGCGUGUAGCGAAGGCUCUUUGCCCCCCACCGCCGUCGCCAGCCCCUUGGUCCUGGUACCACCGCAACUGCCAUAGCCCGAGACCCCAUCAGCUCUCAACUUCACGGCGCCUACAAAACCCGAACAAAUGUUCACCACUACAAAAAGAACCGGAUGAGAUGUCCAUCCGUAUGUUCCUGGACGCAAAUCCUGACUUCCUGGCCAACUACAUCACAGAAGAGAUCCCAGCCACGGACCUUGAGAACUGGCUCCACAUCAAGCGGAGGGUUGACGGAACCAGUCCGGUCAGCGCAGAUUCGUAUGUCAUUACUAGUUGCGCCAGCAGCAAUACGCCUAAUCUUGACGAAAAGAAGAAAAACAUCGUCUCUAUUAUAGAGGAAUUGGUAACAAAGGUCUUCCCUCAUGCCAUCAUUGAGAUAUACUUAGAUCUCCGACAUGAUGUUUACAAUGUCACUCAAAACGGCCUUAGAAACCAUCACGUCGCCUUCGUACCAUUCAAAUACGAAUUCGGUGGCAUAGUCGCAGAAAUCUGGAACAAAAAAGUGUACACUGUCCACGAGAGAGUUCUGAUUCAGAGUCUGCCAGACUUCGUCGCUCUGAGCUUGCCGUAUCAGAGUCGGUACCAUCUUUUGUUGCAGAAGUCGAAAAUGUCUGAAUUUUUGAUUCAGGUGGCUCAGGCAGUAUUCGAAGAGAUGUUGUCUCUAGACCAACUGAUCAAGAAGAUUCUAGAAGUAGCCCAGCGGCUCGUCAGUGCGGACAGGGCGUCUCUUUUCCUCGUGGACCAUAGAAACAUGGAGCUAGUUUCCACGGUCUUUGACCUUCGAUAUGAAUCUGAUCAAGACAGUGAUCUCUCGAAGAAAGAGAUAAGAAUGCCGAUCGGCAAAGGAAUCGCUGGGCAUGUGGCGACAUCUGGUGAAACUAUGAAUAUACCUGAUGCGUAUUCGGAUGAAAGAUUUAAUAAGGCAGUCGAUGAAGCGACAGGCUAUCGCACAGUCAGCAUCCUAUGUAUGCCAAUCAAAGUGAGUGGCAAAAUUCUAGCGGUCGUCCAAAUGGUUAACAAGAGAGACAAAAAGGUCUUUGGAGCCGAUGACGAGUCAGCAUUCCAAGUGUUUUCUACAUUCUUUGGACUAGCCCUACAUCACGCAAAGCUUUAUGAUAAAAUAAAAAGGAAAGAACAGAAGUACAAAGUAGCACUAGAAGUGCUUGGCUAUCAUAAUACCUGCUCUGAAGAAGACGUUAAAAAUGUACUUAAAGAAAGAAAGAAAAAAACAAUCAUCAAUUACAAUGAUUUUGCUUUAAAUCCUUUUGAUGUAAACGAAAUUGAGAAAUGCAAAGGAGUACUAAAUAUGUUUGAAGAUUUGUUCGAUAUAACGAAAUUUGACGUGACAGUUUUGACCAGAUUUGUAUUGACAGUGAAGAAGAAUUACAGAAAAGUGCCUUACCACAAUUUCGAUCACGGUUGGGCGGUUGCUAACUCAAUGUACGUCAUGUUAAAACAUGAUACGGAAAACAAAUUUAAUUAUAACAACAGGUUAGCAUUAUUUGUGGCUAGCCUAUGCCACGAUUUGGAUCACAGGGGAUACACGAACAAGUUCAUGAACGAGAUCGCAUCACCCUUAGCCGCCAUAUACACGACAUCUACUCUAGAACAUCAUCAUUUCAACAUGACGGUUACCAUACUCCAACAGGAUUGCCACAAUAUUUUCUAUCAAAUGUCGAGCGGGGAAUACAAAGAGAUUCUGGACUCGAUUCGCCAAUGCAUUCUGGCCACAGAUCUCGCUGCGUUCUUUCCUAAUCUAAAGAAGAUGAAUAAACUUGUCUUGGACACACCCCAGUUUGACUGGGCCGACGAAAGUCAUAGGGCAUUAGGCCUGAAUUUUUGCAUGACCGGUGCGGACCUGAGCGCCUCAGCGAAGCCAUUCCACGCCCAGCUAAAAACGGUGGAAAUCAUAUUCGCAGAGUUCUACCUCCAGGGCGACCUGGAGCGGCAGGCAGGGCGCUCCCCAAUCGCCAUGAUGGACCGUCGACGUCAAGACCAGUUACCAGCGUGCCAGGUGGGCUUCUUAAGCCAAAUAUGUCUGCCGUGUUACACGAUACUGGCAGCUCUGUUCCCAAACACCAAACCUAUGGUGGACAUGGUCUCGGCUAACCUGGAGCAAUGGAAGUCGAGGGCAAAAGAGAUUGAGAAGACCAAAGAGGAAUGAGUGAAGUAGAAUGUGCAAGAAACAUUGGUGUAUAAGUGA